CCGGCCAAAAUUUCUGGCCACGAACGGCGCAUGAGUUACCGAGAUACCCUGGCAACGGACUGCUCAGCCUCUCUCUCUCUCGCAACCCCCCCGACCAGGAAAAAGACCCCCUCAAACCUUGCUAGAUCCCCGCCUUUUUCUCGUCUGGUCCUCAGCCAGACGCAGCACAACCACUGUCCUAUCCUGUGCUGCACUGGUAAAGCACGUAACCACUUCUCCACCACUGCUGCUGCUCCCGGCACACGGCAAAGACUCCUGAUAGAUUGUUUUCCUCAACAUUUGUCGCAUGGUACCGUUGGCUGAUAUGCUAUUAUCCGACUCUGCUUCCUAGCUUCCUAGUCGUGCCAUUUGUCAGUUGAGUUGGUAACCCCGAUGGCCUUUGGUUCCAAUUAUGACUGAAGUCGAGAACCAUCAUCAUCACGCUCACGUUCCACCUUCCGACGCAUAUUACGAUUCGGACGAUGUUGGUGGCCCCAGCAGUCCCCAGAUGAACGCUGUCACAGUCAACUUUCAACCCUCCUCAACGCCGCCAUAUAUGGUCCCUCAACCUCCAGCUCUGAGUCCGGUGUCCUCGUCCGGAUCCCCCGGUCGCAAGAUCUCCAAGCCAACUGCCAGUAAGAGCGAUGUUGGUCUGGUGCGUAUGAUGGGCAAUGGAAAUAUUGAUGUUGCGCAACAAGCAGGAGCGGAGGUGUUGGCCGCCGCGGAUGAGAAUGACACGGACGAGGCAGCCCAGAAUGGUACGGUCGUGUGUAUAAAUACAGCGGACGACAAGUCGGAGGAAUGUACAGCAGAAGGGCAAACGGGAUCGGAGAAGGACGCGUCGGAAAAGGGCGAGGCAGAAAGUAAUGACCUUGCUUUGGUUGCGGCCAAAGCAAUGAACGUAUUGGGGUCGAUAUCGCCGCCGCCGCCAAAGUUAGUCGAGGUGAAGAAUGAAAAGUUAUCCACGGAAGUUCCGCCGGAGAAGGAGUCGACAGAGAAGGCGAGGCCAGUGGAGAGGAGGCCAACCAUACCUUUGAUUUUUGUGGCAAACUCAAAUGGUCAUGGUUCAUCUGAUGGGGGGGUGAGUGGUUUGGAUAGGAGGACGUCAGUGACCGAGGAAUUACCACCAAUUCGACAUCAUUCACCCAGUCCAGCUCUUUCAAAUGGAAUUAGAGUGGUUAAGCCGACCCUUCCAUCACUCUCCGAUUCUCUCAAGAGUAUUGCUCAUGAACCAUUACCACCAGUGCAGUCCCCUCCUGCUCGACAACCACCACUAUUUUCCGCUGUAUCAAAUCAUGGUUCCCCUCCCAAGUCUCCAAAUGAUACCUUUCGACGAGAGUUGCCAUCUCCUGGUCGGGCUGCCUUUUAUCCAUACAAUAGUCAUCGCCGACCUUCACAAACACAAUCAGAUGGUAUCCAAUACUCGAGCGCAGCGGACUAUAGCAGCAGUAAUACAGAGACACCAAGUACAGAUGCGUCAGCCACUCCUGCAAUUGAUCGCAUGAGUAUUGAUGGCAUCACAAAUCCGCAGAUUGGAGGAUUCCAUUGUACUUACCCUGGUUGUAAUGCCCAGCCUUUUCAAACUCAGGUGACAUUCCUUUUAUUCUUUUCCUUCUAUAAAGACUUACGGACAACCAGUAUCUCUUGAAUUCUCAUGCCAAUGUGCAUUCCUCCAACCGACCUCACUACUGUAGUGUUAAGGGCUGUCCCAGGAGUGAGGGUGGAAAGGGAUUCAAGAGGAAAAAUGAAAUGAUACGGCAUGGCCUGGUACACGACUCACCUGGUUACGUGUGCCCAUUUUGCCCUGGUAGGGAACAUAAAUAUCCAAGACCAGAUAAUUUGCAAAGGUAUGUCUUUCCAUAUCGCAUUAACGAAAUAUUUUGACUGCAUCUUGACAACAUCUAAUCACGAAUAGGCAUGUACGGGUCCAUCAUGUUGAUAAAGAUAAGGACGACCCACAACUUCGAGAUGUCCUCUCGCAGCGCCCAGAAGGACCGAGCAGAGGUCGUCGACGAAGGGGCGGUAAUUCGUGAAUUAUCAAUGCCAAACACGAUAUGGUACAUUACUAUUCAACAAGUACGACAGGCCCCAUAACAGAAUGCCAAGAGGAAGGAACAGGUUCUCAAAAGUAUAUAUAUCCGUUUCUCAGCCGGAUCAGAAACACUCUUCUUGUCCGAAUAGUGGUUUGUGUGAAAAUUUGGGGGGUUGUUUUAUCGUUGGCGUUAAAAGGAACUAGGGGGUUUCUUACUCAGGGGUCGGUGUUCUUUUUUGGGGGGUGGUCACUUUGUUCGUCAUUCUUACCUUUUUUUUGUUCGCCCUUUGACGAGUUCCACGACAUUAUCUCGGAGUUUCCGGAGCAUAUUCUGUUUCAUGGGGGCGGGGGUUUUGACUUUGGUUUUUGUGUCAGUGGAGGGGAUACCAGAGAUGACUCGCGUCUUUUGCUUUUUUCGGUUGAGAGUUUCUUUUGAGCCUCUUUUUCUUUUCUUUUGCGAUGAGAAUGGAAUUGCACAAAGUUGGUACAAGAAGUCGGGAGCUGAACUUGGCAUCGCUUGCACCCCGUUUUCUUCUUUCGUUUUCUAUGGGAUGUUCUAGGGUCUUUGAGGAUUUUUGGAUGGGAAAUGGACGUGCAUAUAACUGUCGCUAUUACAGUGCUGGGAACUAUUUUUGAGGUUUUCGAAGGGGGUUUUCUCUUUUCUCCAUGGUAUCUAUACAUGGCUGGGGGAAGGGAAGGGAUUUGAUGGGUUGGGAUUUGAUGGGUUGGG